CUGAUUAGGAAGCAAAGAGGAGUUUUCUGUUCCAGACCAAGCUGCGCAGGACUGCCCUUCUUUCUUUCCGUCAUUUUAAUUGAUUGCAUUCAAACUAUGAACACGCUCGGAUUACAGACGGUGCAGGACUGCUCGCCGCCGACCUGAAUUCCGGAGGAGUUUGUUCGGAUGUGAGCGGACACAGGAGGAAAAAAAAAUAUUCAGUGGGAAUGCAGGGAAUUAAAAUAUAGACUAGGCAUUUUUUCUUGGUUUUCAAGUGCGUGUGGUUCUGCAGGCCGUCCUGACAGGAGGAGGAGGAAAAAAAACAAACCCAAAAACCUUCACUUUUACUUCAGCCCAGGUCUGGAGUGGUUAUGUCUUGAGGUGGCGGCCCUUCCAUCCCAGUAAAGGACGUGCCAGUGCCGAGCCGCUGCUAAUGGGAACUCCUGCUCCGCCAUGAGUGCUCGUGAUGGCGUCGGUGGUCUCAGUGGCAUGGGCACCCUGGGCCGGCGGCAGCGCUUCGAGAACUCAGAGUUCACCGUGCGCAUCUACCCGGGCGACCUGGUCGAGGGGACCAUCUACUGCCCCAUCAGCGCCCGCAAGACCACCACGGCCGCGGAGGCCAUUGAGCGCGUCAUCGAACGGCUGCAGCUGGACCGCACCAAGUGUUACGUUCUCGCCGAGGUGAAGGAGUUUGGCGGGGAAGAAUGGAUUCUGAACCCCAGCGACUGUCCGGUGCAGAGGAUGAUGCUGUGGCCCCGCGUGGCUCUGGAGCACCGCCCUUUGUCCGGCGGCGAGGAUUACCGCUUCCUGCUUCGGCAGAAGAACCUGGACGGCUCCAUUCACUAUGGCGGCAGCCUCCAGAUGUGGCUGCAGGUCACGGAGGAGCGCCGGCGCAUGGUGGAACGUGGACUGCUGCCGCAGCCCGAGUCUCAGGGGGACCACGCAGACAUGUGCUGCCUGCCGGAGCUCACCGAGCGCUCGCUGCUGGACAACCUGCGCUCGCGCUUCCACCAGGAGAAGAUCUACACUUACGUUGGAAGUAUCCUCAUCGUCAUUAACCCUUUCAAGUUCCUGCCAAUCUACAACCCCAAGUAUGUGAAGAUGUAUGAUAAUCAUUCACUGGGACAUUUGGAGCCUCAUAUUUACGCCGUGGCGGAUGUGGCUUAUCACGCCAUGCUGCAGAGACAGAGGAAUCAGUGUAUUGUUAUAUCUGGGGAGAGCGGCUCUGGGAAGACGCAAAGCACAAACUUUCUCAUUCAUCAUCUGACUGCUCUUAGUCAGAAGGGUUUCGCCAGCGGAGUGGAGCAGAUAAUCUUGGGGGCGGGGCCAGUAUUAGAGGCAUUUGGGAACGCAAAGACGGCACAUAACAACAACUCCAGUCGUUUUGGCAAGUUUAUUCAGGUGAACUACCAGGAGAGUGGCACUGUGAGAGGCGCUUAUGUGGAGAAGUAUCUCCUGGAGAAGUCGAGGUUGGUCUAUCAAGAGCACAAUGAGCGAAACUACCACGUUUUUUACUACCUGCUGGCAGGAACGAGUGAAGAAGAGAGAACAGCCUUUCACCUCAUGAAGCCUGAAGAAUAUCAUUACCUCAGUCAGAUGACAAAGAAACCCCGACAGCUGCACUGGGACAAUUACUGUGACAGUGAACCGGACUGCUUCACCGUUGAAGGAGAAGACCUGAAGCAUGACUUUGAGAGGCUUCAGCUGGCCAUGGAGAUGGUGGGCUUUCUUCCCGCCACGCGUAAACAGAUCUUUUCUCUGCUGUCGGCCAUCCUUCACCUGGGCAACAUCGGCUACAAGAGGAAAACCUACAGAGACGACUCCAUCGACAUCUGCAACCCGGAGAUGCUGCCUGUGGUCUCGGAGCUGCUGGAGGUCAAAGAAGAAACGCUGUUUGAAGCUCUGACAACAAGGAAAACAGUCACUGUGGGAGAGAGGCUGAUUGUUCCCUACAAACUGUCUGAGGCUAGUACGGUGCGAGACUCCAUGGCCAAGUCCCUGUAUAGUGCUCUGUUUGACUGGAUCGUCUUCAGGAUCAACCACGCCCUGCUCAACAUGAAGGACCUGGAGGAGACCACCAAGACCUUGUCCAUCGGUGUGCUCGACAUCUUCGGUUUUGAGGAUUAUGAGAACAACAGCUUUGAACAGUUCUGCAUCAACUUCGCCAACGAGCGUCUUCAGCAUUACUUCAACCAGCACAUCUUCAAACUUGAGCAAGAGGAGUACAGGGCCGAGGGCAUCAGCUGGAGAAACAUCGACUACAUUGACAACACGGGCUGCAUCACCCUGAUCAGCAAGAAGCCCACGGCGCUGUUCCACCUACUGGAUGAGGAGUCCAACUUCCCUCAGGCCACCAACCAGACUUUGUUGGAUAAGUUCAAGCGGCAGCAUGAAGGGAACAGCUACAUCGAGUUCCCUGCUGUCAUGGAGCCCGCUUUUAUCAUCCGACAUUAUGCUGGCAAGGUCAAGUACGGUGUUAAGGAUUUCAGGGAGAAGAACACGGAUCACAUGCGCCCGGACAUCGUGGCUUUACUAAAGAGCAGCAAGAAUGCCUUCAUCUGCGGGCUGAUCGGCAUCGACCCGUCGGCUACCUUCCGCUGGGCGGUUCUCCGAGCCUACUUCAGGGCCCUGGUGGCUUUUAGAGAGGCUGGGAAGAGGCACAAACACAAGAAGACCGGGCAUGAUGACGCUGCUCCCUGUGCAGUAUUGAAAAGUGUGGAUAGUUUUAGCUUUCUGCAGCACCCUGUGCAUCAGAGAAGCUUAGAGAUCCUGCAGAGAUGCAAAGAGGAGAAGUACAGUAUGACCCGAAAGAGCCCGCGAGCGCCUCUGUCUGACAUUCAGGGAAGCAACACCAUCUACGAGAACGCACCGCGGACCUUAGCGGGGCUCGGCUGGAACGGGCGCACCGGUCGACAGAGCCGCGUAUCAUCCAGCAGCUCCGCUACCGACGAGGAAGGCAUCUUCGUCAGCUCUGCCAGCAGCAGACUCCUGGAGAGAGCCCAGGACAUCCUCAUGAGAAACAAAAACUACAAGUCGCGGCCAUUUCUCCCAAAGCAUUUACUGAACAUCAAGUCACUGAAUCACCUCAGCAACCUGACGCUUCACGACCGCAUCACCAAGUCGCUGCUUCACCUCCACAAGAAGAAGAAACCCCCCAGCAUCUGCGCACAGUUCCAGGCCUCUCUCAAUAAGCUAAUGGAGACUCUGGGUCAGUCUGAGCCUUAUUUUGUCAAGUGCAUCCGUUCCAACGCUGAUAAGCUGCCUCUGCGCUUUAAUGACAACCUGGUGCUGAGGCAGCUGCGUUACACAGGUAUGCUGGAGACGGUCCGCAUCCGGCAGUCCGGUUACAACAUCAAGUACAACUUCCAGGAUUUUAUCCAUCACUUCAGGGUGCUGCUGCCGGAGGGCGCCAGCGCCAGCCGAGAGGGCAUCCAGCAAUGCCUGGGUCAGAUAGACCUGUCGGCAGAGGGGUAUCAAGUGGGAAAGACAAAGGUGUUUCUGCGGGAAGCUGAGCGUCAGCAGCUGCAGGCCUCACUCCACAGGGAAGUCCUGCGACUCCUCGUCACGCUGCAGCGCCGCUUCAGAGCCCGCUUGGAGAGGAAGCAGUUUCUCAGGAUGAGGGAGGCGGCGACAUGCAUCCAGAAAUGGUGGCGUUCUUACCAGUCACUGGAGGACCAGGAGGGUUACGACUGCAGCGUCCAGGAGGGGGCGGCGUUGUGCCUGCAGGCUCACUGGCGCGGCUACAGGGAGCGGCAGAGGCUCCGGCUGUGGAGGCAGGCUGCUCUGGUGCUGCAGAGAGCAUGGAGGUUCUGGCUCCACCGCCGCUGCUCGGCAGCCCUGCUCAUUCAGACCGCCUGGCGCUGCCACCGAGCCAGAGAGGCCUACCUGCAUCUGUACGCCGCUGUGGUCCAGCUGCAGGGGGUUGGCAGGGGUUACCUCGCCAGGCAAAGAUUCAGGAAACGGAGAGAAAAGUGGCAGAGGGAGAAGGAGGAGCAGCAGCGGGAGAAGCUGCUGCGGCUACAGAAUGGCCAGGUGAGACUGUCGCCCGGAGCGGAGGAGGAGGAGCCUGAGAGAAUCAUGGGCCUGGACCUCAGCACCUGGGAGGACCGCUCCUACGAGCAGCGAGAGCGGAGCCUGCACGGCCUCAGCAGCCACGCCGGCACGGCUCAGGAGGAAGGAGAAGAGCAUGCUAGAACAAAAGAAGAAGCGGAGACCUCGGCCCCCACGUCCUCCGUGGUGGUGCGAGAGAGAGCCAGGACGGUGGAGGAGCCCAGCCAGAAAACCACCCGGGCCAAAAGAGAGAGCCGGCGGAUGAGAGAGUUGGAGCAAGCCAAGUUCAGCCUGGAGCUCCUCAAGGUGCGGGCCAACAGCGGCGGAGCGUCGUCUCCCUCUGAGGAGCGGCGCUGGUCCCUGGAGUUCAUGCCCCCGGGGAGCCCCCCCCUCCUGUCCCCCGAGGGCACUCCCGACAGCCAGAGCUCCAAGGGCAGCUUCGAGCUCCUCAUGAUGGACGACGAGCCCCCCAAGGCUGUAGAGGAGGUGAUGGACAGUGAGGACACCUGCUCCCCCCCUCCCCCCGAGCCUCAUGUGGACGGUGUUUCAACAAGCCCCAAGCCAGCUGAGCCACAGAAGAUGGGCCUUUCUGAUGCCGUGGCCCCCCAGAGGAGCCAGAGCCCGGCCACAUCGGCUCUCCCGGUCGGCUUUACCCCCUCACAUCCGCCCAAGAUGGAGAACUCCCUCCCCACCUUCUACAUCCCUGCUCGAGAGGCAGCAGCCUCCCACCAUCCCGCUGAGGAGGGAGCCGUCUCUACAACCUCCACCUCUGUCACCAAGCCCCUCAAAGAGAGACGAGAGUCGGCCCGGCGGCCCAUGGUGGUGGUGAUCAGCAUGCAGAAAGAAACGCCACUGAGUGAAGAGCUGAGUGGAACUAUCCGUCCUCCUGCACCUCAGACGGGGCAGAGACCGUCUCCAGCUCUGCCGCCUCCAGGUUCCGUCCCUCUGCGUGACCAGGCCGUCAUAGACAAACUGGUGCGGCUGAACGAGGAGAAGGAGGAGCGCCAGCGUAGUCAGCAGCAGCAGAACGAGAGGGAGAUGAUGGAGCAGAUACGACAGCAGAAGGAAGUGCUGGAGAGGCAGCGCCUUUACUUCGCUCAGUACGAGAGAGACAUGUUUGAGAAGCAGCGGGAAGAGGCUCUGCAGAGGAUACAGCAGAGCCGGCAGGGCGGACAGGACUCCACUGCCAGCGAGCCCCUCAGACCCAGCUCCCAACUGUCCGAGAGGCCGGCGCGGCAGGCUCCUCACGGCAGAACGCUGUCGGACUCCACCCCGCCGCCGCAGGGCUCCCCCCCUGUGCACGGCCGCGGGGGCCCGCGCCUCCUCCGGCUGCCCCCUCCGCCGGCCUCCGCUCCCACGGAGAGGCGGCGGGAUGGUCGGCCCGCCGAGGGCUGGGCGCCCAGACUCAAGCUGGAGUCCAGAGACGGAGGAGGAACCAGAGGGAGGACGGCCGCCAAGAAGCCGCCCGCUCAUCAAGGCAGCACAGUUAGUAUGACAGAAAAACCCACCAACAUCUUCUUCUCUCCCAAGGACAAAGUGACAUUUACAAAUUUUGACGGUGACGCUAAAGAAACGCCUGCAGCUUCUCCCAGAGAAGGAGGUGCACCGACCUCGAAGUCCACUAAAGGAGCAAAAUCCCGGGAUGUUGGCAGAUUGGGCCAAAAAAAGAAAGCCAGAAUGGCACGGACCCGCUCCGACUUCCUCACCCGCGCCCCUAGCCACUCGGUUGGGGGUGAUUCAGACGAGGAUGACUAUGAUGGCGACAGCCUCCUCAGCCCCCGUCAUUACACUCUCCCCCUCUCCAAACAGAACUCCACGGAGGCAGGCUUAAGAGAGGCCUGUUUCAGUGACUCAGACAUGCCUGCGAGCUCUGAGCAGCAAAAGAAGUUGCACAAAGCCAUGUCUUCAGGAGAUCUGGGCAAAGUGGACUCGCUGCGCAAGAAUUCCCAAGAUGGAAGGGUCCGUGGCAAGAUGCGUUUCUGGGGCAAAACCAAGUACGGGGAGAAGAAGACGUCCCGAGAAAAGCUGAUCUGUGGGGGUGACUCCCUGGACGGGGACUAUGGAGACACCGGGCCGUUGCUGGGAGACGGUCAGGAAAACAUGUCGCCACCGUGCAGCCCAGAGCCGACGCUGGACAGAGGCUUCAGAGACCUGAAGGAGAACAAGGACCCGUCUCCAAAGGUGAAGCGGCGGCGGAGUGUGAAGAUCAGCAACGUGGCCCUGGAACCUGCUCAGUGGCAGAACGACGCGCUGCAGAUCCUCACCUGCACCAACGACUACAGGAGCAUGAACGACUUCCUCAUGAAGAAGAUCGGCGACUUGGACACAGAGGACAGUAAGAAGGACACCAUGGUGGACGUUGUGUUUAAAAAAGCUCUUAAAGAGUUCCGUCUCAACAUCUUCAACUCCUACUCCACGGCGCUCGCGAUGGAUGAUGGGAAGAGUAUCCGCUACAAAGACCUUUACGCUCUGUUUGAGCACAUCUUGGAGAAGACCAUGCGACAGGAGCAGCGGGACUGGAGGGAGUCUCCUGUGAGAGUGUGGGUCAACACAUUUAAAGUCUUCCUGGAUGAGUUCAUGACCGAGUACAAACCUAUGGACAGUACGCUCAGCAAGCCGCUCCCGAAACCUGAACGUAAAAAGCGAAGGAAAAAGGACACCGACAUCGUGGAGGAGCAUAAUGGACACAUCUUCAAGUCCACCCAGUACAGCAUCCCCACAUACUGUGAAUACUGCUCUUCUCUCAUCUGGAUGAUGGAUCGAGCCUGUGUGUGCAAAUUGUGCCGGUACGCCUGCCACAGGAAGUGCUGCCAGAAGACGACCACCAGAUGCAGUAAGAUGUUCGAUCCGGAGCUUUCCUCGAGGCAGUUUGGAGUGGACGUUUCUCGCCUGACUAACGAGGAGAGGACGGUUCCCCUGGUGGUGGAGAAGCUCAUCAACUACAUCGAGAUGCACGGCCUCUACACCGAAGGAAUUUACAGAAAGUCUGGCUCCACUAACAAAAUUAAGGAGCUGAAGCUGGGGCUGGACACAGAUGUGGACAGCAUGAAUCUGGACGACUACAACAUCCACGUCAUCGCGAGCGUCUUCAAGCAGUGGCUGAGAGACCUGCCGAACCCGCUGCUGACGUUUGAGCUGUAUGAGGAGUUCAUACGUGCCAUGGCUCUGCAGGAUAAGAAGGAGAUGAUCAGGGGGGUGUAUUCAGUUAUCGACCAGCUCAGCAGAACUCACCUGAACACUCUGGAGCGCCUCAUAUUUCAUCUCGUCAGGAUUGCCUUGCAAGAGGACACCAACCGUAUGUCAGCUAAUGCCUUGGCCAUCGUGUUUGCCCCCUGUAUCCUCCGCUGCCCCGACACCAUCGACCCGCUGCAGAGCGUCCAGGACAUCAGCAAGACCACCGCGUGUGUAGAGCUUAUCAUCUGUGAACAGAUGAAUAAAUACAAAGUGCGACUAAAGGACAUCAGCACUCUGGAGUUUGCUGAGAAUAAGGCCAAAUGCAAACUGACCCUCAUUCGACGGUCGAUGGGAAAAGGCCAAGUACAGCGAUUAAGCUACCACACACCUUCGCCGCCGGUCAGUCCUCGACUGACAUCUGUGGCUGACGCUGGGAAAGAAGAGAGCAGCGGCGAGGAAGGGGCCGAGUCCUGCGACAUGUCUGAGCACCAGCAGGCCGCCAUGCAGCAGGAGGAGAGAGUCCUGACGGAGCAGAUUGAACACUUACAAAAAGAAAAAGAGGAGCUGACUUUCGAGAUGCUGACGCUGGAGCCGCGAGCUUCAGAUGACGAAACGCUGGAGUCCGAGGCUUCUAUCGGUACAGCGGACAGCUCUGAAAACCUCAACAUGGACUCUGAGGAAACCAUCUCCGACUUCUCUGACAGAGGUCUAGUGCUGACUUCCCCGUGGCCGCGCAGAUCGGACGGAAAAGGCCCCGGACAGCGCUCUCACCGCAGGCAGCCCGACUCUCUGGACUCCGUAGACUCUUGUUCCACCGCCUCCUCCUUCUCCUCCGCCUCACACUUCAACCCCUCCUCUGCCGCCACCACCCGGCGGUUUCGUUUCCACUCCAAGUCUCCCGCCCCGGGCUCCGGUCCGGCCCCGUCUCAGUCCCAGGCUCAGAACGCGUCCCAGACCUCCCGAUCCGACAGCCUGGACGGCGGCCCUGCGGGAGAGCAGGAGGCCACGUGUGACGAGAGGCCCCAGUUCUCCAGCCGUGGCACCUACAACCCCGAGAAGGGCAAGCAGAAGCUGAAAGGGUCCAGGUAUUCGACGCAGAAGCACUCGAGACCGGGCGGCAGCCACGGCAGGGACCCUCCAGACAUACCGCAGCCCCUGGUGCUGUACGGCAGUAAUGAGUUCAUGGUAUGAAGGACACUGGGACACCAAAGCACUCCCUGUCCAGCUCCCAGGCCAAGCAUAUACAUUCUCGGCGAGCGGUGACGUAAAGGCAACUGAUCUCCAAUCCUCAAAGCACUCCUGCUUUGCCUUUUUUUUUUUUGGUCUUUUUGUUGAGGCCUGUGUUGUGGGAGAGAAAACGUGCCCCUAAGUGCUGCGUCCCCCGACAGAGGGACAGGAAUCAGUGGUAGAGCCCCCCCCCCGACCCCCCCAGUUGUGGACAUAACUGCUACCAUGCUCUCACAGUGCCUUGGCAGCUCUUCCCUCAGCACCAAGAGGACACACACAGCGCAGGAGGACGGAGAAAAGGGAAUGUUGGGAUAUGCCGAAGACCACUCAGCAUCAGGGAAUGUUACAGAGCCGGAAAGCUAAAGCAGUGAACUGCGGUGAACGGGAGAGAAAACCAGGCACCACAGGGCUCACGGAGAAUCCAGUGGACUUAAAGCUCAGAUUUAUUAGCUGCUUUAUAAGUUUACAGUUCAUAACAAUCAGUGUAAGCAGUGGAUGCUCUGUUAUUACGAAAUAUUUUUCCCUUAUUUAAUAAAUUUUAAUGUCACAGAAAUUCUUUAUAGCAUAUAAUAUACAAGUAUAAAUACUGUACAAAGACGGAACACCAGCCUCUUGCUGGGUAGUUGAAGUCAAAUAUUUAUCUUUUUUUUUUUUUUUUUUUUUCUUGGGAGCAUCUGGACGCAGAUGUUCAGAGACUCGGGCAGUGGAUUUGUGUGUGUGCAUGUGCCGAGAGCCCAUGCGUGCUUGUAUGUAUGUGUGUGAAAGAGAAAACCACUUCAUUUGUUCAAGUUUGUGCUGCUUUUUUUUUUUUCUUUUUUUUUUCUUUUUUUCCCCCUCACAAGGGAGAUACCACCGUCAAAGGGACCAAGUCAGCUGGUGAGUGUUCCAGCCAAGGGGAUCCCAGCUCUCUAAGAAUGUCAGAACGUGUAACAGGUUCCUGCAUUCACUGCUCGACAGCCAUACAACACUACAUUUCACUGUGAUGUAUGGUACAGUGCAUACGUACAGCGUAGCGGAAAAAUGCCAUUCUGUUCUUGAAAUCUGUUGUUGCCCACCCGCUCCCAAAGCCACCCCUCCUCCCCCGAAAUGUUUGCUCAAUACAGACCAAGCAAGACUAUAAAAAAAACAUCUUGUCUUCUGUCGUUAUUCACGAGUCUACAGUUAGGAUUUUACUUUAGGUGUUGUGAAAGUAGAUACGCUGGGACAAAUGUAUAGGUGAUCACCAAAAUGAUCACUGAAAUAACUUAAAACUGACAAAAGUAAUAAUGAUGCACUGAAAAUCAGAUGCUGCUUUUGAAUUGUGGCUCAACUGUAUCAUUUAAAGAAACAAACUAAUAAUGAAAAUGGCCUGGGAAAAUUAGUUGGUGCUGCUUGAAAAGAUGUAAAAUAAUUUGAUAAUGAGUGUGUCCUGUAACUAACAUCACAAGUGUCUUCAAUCUUCAGUCAAUCUUGACUGUUUAAAGGAGAAAAGAAAUGUCAUCAGUCUGCUGUUUGGUGUCAUGGUGUUUACCACACUGCACAUGGGCCAGGGAAAGAAAAGCAGAGAGUUGU